GUAACUGCAUGUGCAUAUGUGUGCAGACUUAUCUCGUAUCGAAAAUCUCACUCCAGGCAGCUGACCGAAGUUGGCAAGCCUGGAAAAUGACAGUGCAUCCGUCUAUGUGACGUGUUUGUGCUUAACUGUGGUUUUAAAAUGCUAUGAAUGUGAUCAGCAUGCAAAAUACCGGUUUAUGUCUUUGAGAUACAAUUAAUAUACUGUUUUUUAAGUAUUGGGCUAGUUUCACCUUCCGUUGGGCAGAUGUUAAGCAGACCUUGGGCAUGAAUUUUUUGCUGGACUUCGCAAUACUCGGUACAGCGGAGAAAGGGGCAGGCGUCUCUCACAGAACGCCGCGUGAAUUAGCAUUUCAAUCAUCGAUGACAGUCGGCGCUUUCGAAUUAAGAAAGCACAGGCGAUCCUUCCCACAUUUGUUACUCGUCGUCUCCAUCACUUCGCUCAUCAAGGAGAAAGAAAAAAAACUUGAGAAGGUCUCUGCUGGAUUUGUUCAGUUUCUAUUCUACUAGCUCUGAUUUGGUGGCAGUGCCACCUGGAGCGAAUCUCACCCCAAUCUAACCUGUUUCUGAUAUUUGCUCAGACCUCGGAUUCCCACAGAUGUAAUUCCCUGGGUGGCUCACCACUGACGCUUAAGUGUGCUUGGCCACUCUGUUUGACAGGGUGAGGGAUGUCCCCGCCAUGACUGGUUAAUCUGUCAUGGUGAAGCCGGCCAAUUCGCUGCACACGGGGUGGAUUCUUGAAGCCAUUCAGAAGAUCAGAAGGUAGAAGCAGAGGCCAUCAGAAGAGCAGAUCUGCCACACCGUGUCGGCUUGUUGUGGACUCGACAGGUGCUCAGUCCUAGAGUAGCUGGCGCAGAGUGUCUGUGAUGGUGCUGUGCUCAAGGUCACCAAUGAAGGAUGCAAUUCAUACAAAGACCUUGAUAAUCUGGGGCAGAAUAAAUCUCUUCAACCUGGGGAAAUAUCUGCUUCACCAACAAGAUCUGUGCAGAUGUCAAGCAAACUGCAGCAGCUUUACUGGAAUAGUAUUCUGAAAAGGGCAAUUGAAGCCCUUGCUGAUCCACAGGGGUCCACUCUGAGAAGCAUCAAGUGAAGUGCGAGGACCUUUCCAGCCUUCAGUAACCCAAUGUUCCAGCGCGAGCUGUGGCCAUCAAGCGGGCAGUCAACAGUGGGAGGCUGGUUAAAACAGGCCGGAUGUACAGGGUGAACUGCAGUAGGGAUGGGGUGUUCCCUGGAGAGACCAGUGCCACUACAGCACCUCCAUACCUUUCACAGGUGAUGUUAUUCACAUGAGAAGGACCAGCUGCGGGCCGACCCCAUCCACAUCUGCAGCCUCUGCAUGGGCACCAGGGAGUCCAACCGAGUCAGACUGCCAGAGGAGCUGCUGUCCUGUGCCGACUGUGGAAGCAGUGGCCACCCAUCCUGUGUGAAGUUCUCGCCAGAGCUGAGCACCAACAUGAAGGCCUCACACUGGCAGUGCCACGAAUGCAAGAUCUGCAGCUGUUGUCGCAUACCGGGCAAAGAUGUUGACAAAAUGCUCUUCUGCCACUCCUGCAAUCAGGGAUUUCACAUGGAGUGCUGUGAUCCACGGCUGGCCCACAUGCCCAAAGGGAGAUGGAUCUGUCCGGUCUGCCAGCCAAAGAGGGGGGGGAGGCAACUCCUGCACCAGCGAGCAGCACAGAUCAAGCGGUGGUACGGCAGGUCGCAGGGGAGGUCACGGGCGUGGUGGGGCCUGCUGGCAGCGCCUGCAGGAGAGAGAUCCCCGGUUGCCUUGACAGAACAGGGUAGGGGUCUAAAGGUUGCUGUGUCCCCCACACCCUCAUCCGGUUCUGCUCGCCCUGUGGGGGACCUCAAGACCAGACUCUCUGCUCCCACCUCCCUCACCCGAAGCAGGAAGGUUAAGGGGCUUAUUGAUAGCCUGUCCCAGGUCUUUACCUCCUCUCCCAUCAGCCACCAUUCCUGGAACAAAGUGCCUGAUUCUUCAAAGCCAUGUGGACGUGAGGGGGCUGACCCCCCUGUCUUACAGACCCCCCCCAUUCCCGAGGAGGGUGGCUCCCCCCUCAGCUCCUCCAGCCAGUCCAGUGGUCUGUCUCUGGGCAGUGCCCCUUGCCGCAGCCAGCUGAAAGGCCUGUUUGACGGCCUGUCCCACAUCUAUGUUACACAAGGGCCUGCCCGCAGGAAGCCCCAGCCCAGCCAUGCCCCUCCCAGGUGUGCAUGGUCCAGGCUCCGCCCUCUUCCUGGUCCCCUUGGGAAUGCCCUGCCCCCACCCUCCUCCGGCUGGGGAUUGAGCAGGGGACGGCCCUUCAAGGUCACCGAGGAUUUCAGGAAUAUGGCGUGGCUUAAGAGAUGCAGAACUCUGGGCAGGUUACACAGAAUGGGACCUCAGAGGGGGACCCCAGCUGACGGACCCAUCACACCCAAACAGGACUGCGGCAGUGAGGUCCAGCGUGCCACCAGGCUGCAGAGAUGGAGCUUUGGGGUGACGAUGGAGGAUGUCGAGAUGUUCAGGCACGUACAGGAGCUGUCCUCUCUGGUGCUGCAGAAAACAGGUGGUCAGAGCGGACUCCAUCCUGAGCACUGUCCUCUGUACAUCGAGCUAGGAAACUAUGAAAUCCGGACGUGGUACUCCUCGCCCUACCCUCCUGAGUAUUCCAGGCUGCAUAAACUAUACAUCUGCGAGUUCUGCCUGGCGUACAUGAAGAGCAGGGUUGUCCUGCAGAGGCACACCGAGAAGCAUGCCUGCUUCCGCCCCCCAGCCGACGAGAUCUACAGGAAGGACGAGCUCUCCAUCUUUGAGGUCGAUGGUAGCAUCAGUAAGAUCUUUUGCCAGAACCUCUGCCUGCUAGCCAAGUUCUUUCUGGAGCACAAGACGCUGUACUAUGACGUAGAGCCCUUCCUCUUCUAUGUCCUGACGCGGAAUGACAGCAAGGGCUGCCACCUCGUUGGAUACUUCUCCAAGGAGAAGCACUCCCAGCAGAACUACAAUGUGUCCUGCAUCAUGGUCCUGCCUCAGUACCAGAGGCAGGGAUAUGGCCACUUCCUCAUUGACUUCAGUUACCUGCUCUCCAGGUGUGAGGGCCAUGCUGGCUCCCCUGAAAAGCCACUCUCCAAUCUGGGCCGGCUCUCCUACUUGGCAUACUGGCGCAGCACUAUCCUGGAGCACCUGGAGCGGCAGCGGGGCACGGCCCUCAGCAUCAGUGGCCUGAGCCGUGACACGGGCAUCUGCCCGCAUGACAUCACCGCUACGCUGCAGGAGCUGCACAUGGUGGAGGUGCGGGCCGGCAGGUGUGUGGUGGUCUGGCGGGAGCAGCCAAUCAGGGAGCAAAUGGAGCGCAGGGGGAGAAAGUCAUCCCAGCACACCCUGCACCCUGAGUGCCUGCGCUGGCCCAAGGGACACUGCACCCGCACCACCCUGGCUGUGCAGAUGAAGCAAAGCACUAGCUGGGAGGAAGAAGAACAGGAUGCACUCAGGCUAAUUGGAGCCAGCUGGCCAUCCCACGCUGUGGCCCAGAGGAGAGGGCGGCUGUGGGGAUUUCCAAAAGGAGAGCAGCACACGGGUGAGAGGGACGUCCCAGUGAGAGAGGGGAGCCCCGGGGACAAGGGGGACCACAACCAUGUUCUCGGACAUUUUCCUGACUGUUACCCUAAGCCUGAUGGCUCACACUCCCACCUGGAUAGCAGCCAGGCAGCACUGGGCCUCAGGAACAGGAUGCCAGUGCCAAAGUGGAAAAGGGGAUGCAGGCAGAAACAAGUCAAUAGCAGUGUUACCAUGGAGAUGAUCUCAGAAACAACAGAGGCGCUGCCCGACGAGGGGAGUCUCACCAGGGCAGGAAGGGCCGAGGGGGAGCUGCCAAAGGCUGCAAAGCGCAAAAGGGGAUGGCCGAAGGGUGUCAAGCGUAGCCUGUUCAGGAGACUGAAGAGUGAGAGGAAGACCGGCUUCAAGCUCAACCUCUACACCCCUCCAGAGACCCCUGUGCCGGCCGAUCCGCACACCAUACCGGAAGAGCCCGAGGAGGGUGGUGGGGGGCCCGUGGCUGGGGCAGAGUUCACAGCUGAGCCACCAUCACCUGUUAAACUAGAUACCUCGAUCUCUCCUUUCUGCCCCUGUGAGCCCCCUCUUGUGGACAGGGGGUGCACUGACUGGUCAAGAGCAGAUAGCGAGGAGGAGGACACCAUACAUAUUGAUGAUCACACUGCAGAUGGUGAGGAUGAUGGUCACAGUGCUCCCAGAGAUUCAGGGAUGGGGGGAGCAGCAACAGGGGCAUCUGAGGGGCUGCUUUUCUGGUCUGAAGGUGUUUUAAGUGAGGUGGGUGGGGGGGAAUGCAUGCCUGGUGUGGACAGGGUGUUUCAGGUUGGUGUCAGCACCUGUGAGCACAGGCCCCCCUUCCAGACAGAAGAGGACAGCAGUGGUGAGCUUCUGGUGCUGCUGAGAAAUGCCUGCACCCCUCCGGAUUGCCAUGAAGCUGAUCCGACACGUGCAGUGGAGUGGUCACCGAUGGGGAAGGAGGAGCCCAAUGACGGGUUUCAGGACUGUGGUGAUGCUUGCCAGGACCUGCAGGGCUAUGUGCACCUGGAGCAGAGCCCCCCUGAGGCCACCCUGGGCAAUUGCACCCAUUCUGAGCAAAGCAGUCCCCUGUGCCGUUUGGUCUAUUCUGUCAGCAGCCCUACCGUAUCCCUGCUAGAGAGCAGCUAUGCGCAGAUCAGCCCCGAGCAUGGCGCUACGGCAAUGCCACCCCUGCGGGGCCUGGAUGCCAGCCCUGUGAUGGACACGCCUUCGGUGCUGUCUGAGCCCUCAGGGCACAUGGUGGACAGUGGCUUCAGUGACCUGGGCAGCAUCAAGAGCAAUACAGAGACCUAUGAGAGCCCGGGCAGCUAUGACUGCAGGGCUGGACCCUGGCAGGCAGGCAGCUCCUACAGCAGCCUGGAAUCGAGCAGCUGUGCCAUGGGCCAGCAGAUGGCUGAGGGGCUGAUGCCCCAGAGGCAUAUGAACUCACCACAAAGCUGCUAUGCCCUGGAGUGUCCACCCACCAGAGGCUGCCAGACAGCAGCACGUCACACAGCCCCUGGAGGCUUCCGCAUGGCCCACGAAGUGGUAGGCCUGGGCCUGUAUGAGCACAUGAGCGGGGCGGAGUAUGUGAGCGCCCCCUAUGGCCAGCCGACGACCAUUUACAGUCUGAGCAAGCUGCAGCAGCUCACUGGCACGCUCAUGGAGCCGGUGUCCUUCAGCCGGCCUGCCUCGCAGCUCUCCUAUGACAGCGCCCUGUCGCCCUCGGCAUGCCGGCCACAGCACAUCAUCCCCAGUGGCUCACCCCCUGACCUGACUCCCCCAGCCAUGAUUCAGUGUAAUGUGGUCGUGCCUCCCCCACAGAAGCUGCAGAUGGUGAUGAUUGAGGGCCACUUAGCCACAUGCGGCAAAUCGGCUUUGCCGCCGGCCCCCCAGCAGUGGGUGCACAGCCACGGUGCGCAGCCCCCCCCCCAGCCGCACAUCAUGCCUGGUGCAGCUUACAGUGUGAACUCCCUGAACGUCAACGUCAACAUGAACAUGCACGUGGCACCCAUGGAUCACACCGUGAAUGGAUACAUGACGCAUCCCAUCAUGAGUGGUGGCCGUCAUGGCAACCAUGCAUAUGUAAACCAACCCCCACAGUAUUCCAUGCAGAUGGGGAAGCUGCUGUACUCACAGCAGCAUGUUCAGGCCCCAGUGCAUGGUGACAUGAUGUACGGCCCGGCUGGUCACCGGGGAUACGCGGACGGUGCUGUGCCCAGGCAGUCUGUGCAGGCCGCUUACCUGAGGCGUUAGGUUAGGAAGGAUGGCCAUCUCUGGCGAGCCUGUCAUACCUGUCAUACCUGUCAUUUGUGAAGAAGUGCCAGCAAGCAGGUGAUGUUAGGAAGCAAAAGAAAAAAAACUGUGAAAAACAGUUCCAGUGAUGCCUUUUGAAGGCAGGGUCUAUGGUGCAGCCUGAGAGCCUCUUCACACAAAGCCCGCUGCAGGGUUUUUACUGAGGUUACUUAGUGUACCCUGCUUAUGCCUAUCAGUCCCCUGAGUGCUGCCACUCUAUUAGCAGAGGCAGAAUGUUCAGGUCCAAAAAGUACAAAUCCGGACCAAGGUUUUGUUUCAACCAACUAGUUGACUACUCUUCAUACUCAAUUGAUUGGCUGAAACAAAAUCUCUGUCCUGAUUUGGACUUGUACUUGAAUUUUCCACCUCUGUCUAUUGUCUGUUUGUGUGUCUGUACAGGUGUCAUUUUGUUAAAGAAUGAUUGCCUUGAUUUGCACUUCGAAACUGUCAAAAUCAUAAACUUUGUUAGCAUUUCUUUUUAUCCAGCUUAAAGUGUAAAGAGUGUGUGUAAUUCAGGAUUUUCCUAAAUGAGGCAGCUUUGUGUUUUUUUUAACAGCCUGUCUGUCUGUAUAAUGAAAUUUGUUGGCCGAGAAAAAUAGAUAUAACUCCACAUCCA